CGCGUUGCCCACGUGACCAUGAUGUCAGGGGUUUGUGUCGUUCUGGAUUCGGCUGGACAAGAUGGCGGCCUCCACAGGAAUUAAAGUACCUCGUAAUUUCCGCUUGUUGGAAGAGCUUGAAGAAGGACAGAAAGGAGUGGGUGAUGGUACUGUCAGUUGGGGCCUUGAAGACGAUGAAGAUAUGACACUUACCAGAUGGACAGGAAUGAUCAUUGGACCACCAAGGACUAACUAUGAAAACAGAAUAUACAGUCUCAAAGUAGAGUGUGGACCUAAAUAUCCAGAAAUAGCACCAACUAUUAGAUUUGUAACAAAAAUUAGUAUGAAUGGAAUAAAUAAUUCCAAUGGAAUGGUGGAUUCACGUAGCAUACCAGUUCUUGCUAAAUGGCAAAACUCCUAUAGCAUUAAAGUUGUACUUCAAGAGCUAAGGCGCCUAAUGAUGUCCAAAGAGAAUAUGAAGCUUCCGCAGCCACCUGAAGGACAGGCCUACAGCAGUUAAUUAUAAUAGAUUGUUAUAACCCUCUGUCUUAAAAUGUUAUUCUCCUAAAAUGUCAUGUCAAUUUUCACAGUGCUUACCAUCAACACAUAAAGAAUUUAAUCAGCAGGUGCAAGAGUGAGACAUUUGUAAUGGUAAAAUAAAAUAUUUGCCCAUUAUGUGAGUCAUAGCUUAAAAUAAAAAAAUUAGAACGGCACAAUUUUAUUAUUUUUCUUUAAGGCACUGUUUGUGGAACAUAAACUUAAAGGUAUGUUAUAUGUGAAAACUUAAAAGUUGAGCUUUUACUAGGAGGGAAGAAAAACAUGAGAUGAAAGUUCAAGUCAUAGCAGAACUGUCGUGUGUGUGUGUGUGUGUGUGUGUGUGUGUGUGUGUGUGUGUGUGUUACAAUUACUGGUAAGAAACAGAAAUAGGAUGUGUAUAUAUAAUUGCAUGCUUAAAAAAAACAUCUAAAUAAAAGCUGCAAAAUUAAAAAUUAGUAAAAUCUAGCAGAUGCACUGAAAUAUGUUGCUGAUUUUGUUAAUGAAUAUUGUGGGUGUAGACUACUAGUAGUGUCGCAGUGUUUUAAGGGUUUUUUUGAUACCUGUAUUCAUGAAAAACAAUUGAUUUCUGUAAAGCAGCUUUUGUGUGACAUGUAAUAGACAUUGCAAAUAUUUGUUUAGAGUUAUUAAAACUUGCAUUUAACUUGUUGUGACAAACAAAUAAGACAAUAGGUGUAUGGAAAUGUAAUUUUUCUGAGAAGUAUGGACUUCCUUUUUGACACUUCUCAUUUAGGUUCAGAGCAUUCCUUUUUAUACAUUUCUGAAAAAUACUUUGUUGUUAUUGUAAUGCAUCCAGCAUUACAAUAAAAAGUUCAGCUGCAUGCAAUAUUGUCAUUGAGAUGUACUGAAAAUGUGGAAGUUGAACCUGCAAUUGCCACGUUUCCCCCAUUACUGUAUAGUGACUCCUAGAGAUCAAACAUUUAAAUGCAAUAGUCUGGCUCUUGUAAGAUUCUAAUGAUACACGUUUUAUGUUUGUGCCGUUAGGUUUUUUUUUUUUUUUCCCUCGCUCAUUUUUAUUUUUAAUGUUGUGUAUUGUAACGAAAAUAAAGUUAAUUCUGACAUGAAAAAUGUGUCAAGAAAUUGAAAAUAAAAUUACAAUUUAAGGAUUGUUAUCACAUAAAGUGAAAAUGGGCAUGGGUUAAUUCAUGUGUUUGUAUUUUACUGUCAUCCACAAGGAGAUCUGUGUGGUAACUGAAUUUAUAAAAUAUUACCGUUUUUUUUUUUUUGUUUGUUUGUUAGUUUUUUUGUUCGUUUUUUUUUCCCAUGCAGUUGCCCUGAUUUUGGGCAGUACAGGAAUACUGGCAUUUACUUUAGGGUGUUUCCUAUAGAGAAUCUGUGGGUUUGCUAGAAUGUGUCAUCUACAAUUCCUAAAUUGUGUUGUUGAAAUUUAGGGUUAAAUGGCACGUGAUUUCUUUCUUUUUGCUGUGGCUUCUUAAAAUUCCAGUCUUUAUUUUUGUAAACAUUGGCAUUUUUGGUUAACUUGAACAUCUGCUGCCUUGGAUUUAUUUUCCAGUUCAAAAAAUGAUGUGUUCAGUCAAUAAAUCUGUUAGUAAAUCUAGGUGAUGUUAAAAAAACAAAAAAAACAAACAUAGGAGGCUGCAUGCAUAUCUCACUUUUAGCGAAGGUUAUAUCCUGCCUAAAGUGGGCUUGCCUGAUUUAGAUGAGAAUGUAAAAAGUUAACAAGAAUUUUUUCCAACUGCUAUAAUUGAGGGGCAGAGUGGCCUGCCUUUCUCUGUCCCGACAUUUGAUUUGCAAAUCUAUUUGGCUAAAUCUUGGGAACCCCUUUGCUCUUGUGAAUUAAACCUUGCUAUCAUGUUGUACUGUACAUACAACAGGUGAAAGAGAAAUGUCGUAAAUUUUGACAAGAAAGCACAUUUUGAUGUUCAUACUUGUCAGAUUAAUACUUGUACCAAAAAUAAUAUAAACAUGAAAAAAAUAAAAUGUAACAAAAUAAAAGCCUCACGUUUUCCUCGUAGAUAUUCACCAAACCUGUCAUGAACGUGAACACUAAACUAGGAAACUACAUGGUGUGAGAGCCUCACACACAAACCAAUUAAGCCUUUAUGUUCUGUGCAGUGUGGGGUGCCUUUAAAACAUUCUUCGCAGUUAAAAUACAUCAUUCAUUAAAGUACCUAAUGUUAUAUAAAUUCAGUGAUAUGAAAAACAUUUACAAACAAAUCGUAGGGAGGUCACACAAGUGUCAAGCUUGUUACUUAUCCUAAUUAUAAUGCGUUAAAAAAAAAAGCUUGCAGUUGGUGAAUGUGGGCAUCGAUCCCGCUACCUCACAUACGGGAGGGUCUAUAACUUCAGUUAUUUGCCCCUGCCAGUAAUUGUUUAAUUCUCUGCUUAUCUGAAAUUUUGUUAUGUAAUAGACCAUGGAGGUUCUGUAAACUACUUAUUGACAUCAUUUUUAUAAAUACAAUUUAUAUAGUACUUUACAAUACCUUACUCAGUUUUUUCAU